GGUGGCACCGCAUCUGUCGCAGUGAUAUAAACAAACGAUGUUAAUCGCAUACUAAUUCUUACACAAACGGUUCACGUCAUUGUGGAUUACCUGAGGAAAUCAAAGACACACACUGCACUCGCUGUCGUAACAAAAUACCAUUUUCCGGUCAAAUUUUAUUUAACUAGGAGUUAUAGCGGAAACAAAUUUGAUAGUUACAAAUCUGUAUUAUUGAGAUGUAGAAUUUUUCUGCCGCUCUUUUACUGUAAAAUCCAUAUUUAUUAGACUGAAGUGCGUUGAGGUAAAUCAACUUUAACCGUCGCCUGGCAGGUGACAGAUUCCCGAUUUUUCUUUUUACAGAGACUUUAAAGUGUGAAAAAAAUUGUCGAGUUUUUUGUUUCAUUGAAACUUUCCUUACAUAGAACUGAUUUCGUAAUUUAUAACGGACGAAACAAAAUGUAGACACUGAUAAACCACGGUAAAUGUCGGAUGAGAUGACUGACGAAAUAAAAAUGAUGCAGAAAGAAAUUGUAAGGACUAUUGUACUUCUGUAUGCAGUUGGCAUUUUGGCGAAUGCUGAAGAAAACAAAUGCCCUGAUCUGGUAGCGGUAUCGAACAUGAAACUGUCGGAGACUGUUGGCUGGGUAGGAGACAACCCUGUGACCAUCUCAUGUGCAACAGGUUAUGUAUUGGACACAGCAACACUGCAGAAGAAUAUCACAUGUGUGGCCGGGGGUAGUGUAGCAAUCUGGAAUGAUACACUUGGUGUAUGUCAAAAAAAAGCUUGUACAGACAUCGACGCCGUUAUUGGCUCCACCAUGACAGUUGUUGAUGGCGUCAGUAAUGAAUAUUUAUAUGGCAAUAAUGUGACAUUAGAAUGUGUAGAAGGGUAUGCAUUCAGUGUCAACAAUGAUGUAGUCACCACACAGAAAAUAAUCUACUGCGAUGAAAAUGUUAGUUCAGAAAAUGGAAGCUGGACAGACAUUGGAACCUGUGAAUUGAUAUCGUGUGAAACUCCCCCUUCUCUUGACAACUCGGUGAAGGUAUAUAACAGUACAACAUUCAACUCUACAACUGUGUACCAAUGUGUAUCAGGUCAUGGAUUCUCAGACACCCGGUUCCAUUUUACAGCCUAUUGUAAUAGUACCGCACAAUGGAGUACGCCUCUCAAACCAAAUCUUGAAAACUUUCGUUGUUCAAAAUUACGGAAGUACCUUGGCUGUUAUCAGAAUAGAGGUAUGGUUGUGUUGUCGGAGACGGAAGCUAUAAAUAGUGGCGUAAUGUUCUGUGUAGACUACUGUAAGAGCGAUAAUAAAAGGUUUGCUGCUGUUUAUAACUCGACUUGCUCAUGUGGAAACGAGCUUAUCGAGAGCAAUUCAUCACAAACUGUAGAGUGUGAUAAUAUAUGUCCCGGAUAUGACGUCACAGUGCCAUCACAAGAGGCUUUCUGUGGAGGUUCUUCUGGGGAGAUAGCCGUGUAUGCUACACUGGAUGGAUGUUACAGUUCAGUAAAUCUUGCAAAUGGACCAGAAAUUGUCACAGAAGACGUAGAGCUGACUUGCAGAGAACGUUGUCGAGGGAAAGGUUUCUCCCAUGCUGUAAUCCAGGGGGACAGCGAAUGUUUCUGCCUUAAUACAACAAACAUAUCAGGUCUUGAAACUGACAACAAUAAAUGUCUAAAUAGAACCUUCUACAGCACUACCCAGAUAUAUGAUCUAGCGAGAAAAGCACCAUACCUGAAAACGUGUCAAGAAAUGUACACUGAAGGAAUACGGAUGAAUGGGCAAUACUACCUGGAAGAAACGGACCAAAUAGAAACUUGCAUAUUCAAAGAUGGAACAGUUUGUGAUGAUGAAUGGAUUGGUUUUGAUGGUUACUGUUAUCAUUUUAACAACAAUAUUAGUAUGAAUUUUGACGGUGCCCGAGCUUAUUGUGUUUCUCUUGACGCUGAUUUGGUUUCAAUCACAUCUUCCGCGGAGUUUGACUUUCUCAAAGAGACAAGAGAUACUUUCAGUGAUUUGUGGGCAGAUGAGUCGGACCCUGCAUGGUGGUUAGGAUUUGUAGAUGUUCAUAACACAUCACUAUAUAUGUGGGUGGACGGGAGCUUAGGAACGUUCUCUAAUUUCAAAUAUGAACCGAGUGACAUAGACAAGUAUUUAGCAGGAGAUGAUAAAGAUAAAGGAUAUCAAUGGACGGAGAUGGAUGACGUCGACCAUCAUAACGUGAUGUGUAAGAAACCAAGUGGAGGACCACAUUGCGCCGACAUCGCAUCUAUAACACCAGGUUACAGUCUAGUUGAUGACUCAAUGUCUUUGACAUACUGUAUACAACUCUGUAAAGGCCAGCAGUUAGAAUUUGCUAUUGUACAAAAAUUCACUUGCAACUGUGUGGAUAUAUUACCAACAUUUAAUAUCGCUCCGAAGAAUGAGUGUUUAUCGGAAUGUCCCGGUAACAGAUUUCAGUACUGUGGUGGAGACGCAAACAAAUUCUCUGUAUUCAAUGUCAGCAAAAAACUCGCUUCAAUGUCGUGUGAGGAACUUCAACUGUUCGGAUUUGAUAAUAACACCUUUCUCCUCCAGUCAACCAACGAAACACAGAUACAACAUUGCGGGGCUACAGCAUGUCCAUUCUCUUGGAUAUUCCUAAAUGGUUCAUGUUACAAGUACAUUUUGUACGAAAAGAAUAUCAAAGAGGCAAUAGAAAUGUGUGCAGUAGAAGAUGCCUAUAUGGUUACUAUAGAAACGAGUACAGAAAUUCAAGAAGUUAUAAAUGCUGCGAAUAAUAUAGGUUUAUAUAGCACAGUAAGUUCGUGGCGAGUGGGACUUCUUGCAUUGUCUCUUAAUGGCGGUGUGUUCAGAUGGUCUAAUGGAAAAACUUUCAAGUCUGAUUACUGGAAUGAUGAAGCGCUCGGUGUUGAAGGACCUGUUGUGACAGUCUUGUCGUCUAACUUUACACUGUGGUACGCUAAAAGUGCCGUUAAUGAUAACACACGGUUCAUUUGUGAGAAAGGGAAUGAUUACAAGGGAUGUUAUGAUACAACUGGUAUGGCCUGGGAUAUUAUUAUUACCGACUAUUCUAGUAUGACUAUACAACAAUGUGUAGAGAUGUGCAGAGUAAACGCUCGAAAAUAUGCAUUUCUGAAUAGCACGAGUUGCUCGUGUGAAUCAAGCGUCACCUCUGAAAAUAAAGGUCAAUGCACAAGCGUGUGCAGCGGCCAAAACAACCAAGUAUGUGGUGGGGUGGACGUAAUGUCCGUGUAUGACGUGGACGAGUUUCCAUCGUUUGCUAACAGCUGCAUAGACUUGUUUAAUGCGGGAAUAUUCAUAUCAGGAAGGUAUUUAGUAUCCGGAACAGAACAAUUUUGUAAUUUUACAGAUGGAACUAUCUGCAGUGGUGAUGGAUGGAUUGGUUUUAAUGGGAACUGUUAUAAAUUCUUCCUGAAAAGACAGACGUCGCAUCACGAAACAUGCCGGGAUAAUGAUGCUGUGCAGACGUCACUGACAACUGUAGAUGAAUACAAUACAAUUGUGGAGUAUAUCAGAAGACUCAAUUUUGAAGGCGGCAAUGUGCGUGUUUUCACAGGAAUAACUCACGGAGGUUAUAGUUUGGAUGUGUACAUGAGUGACGAUGGUUUUCUCACUGACUACAGUCUUAUUGUUAAUAACCAUUUAGUUAACACGGACCUUUACGAUGCUAAUGGUCACGUCUCGUUUUACAUUGACCACUCUCACAAGCAUACAACUGACUGGGGCGUCCUUUGUAAAGAAAACAAGUAUAUGAUUGGCUGUUAUAUAAAGCCAUCAAAUCUGGUGCCGAUUCUUGAAAACUAUGAUUCCGUAGAGUUGUCAUUAUGUCGUCAGUUGUGUAUUGCAAUUGGGAAGAACAUAACCCUGAUUGGGUUAGAUUUUUGCGCAUGCGCAACAGAGGCAGAGUUAACUACCUUGACGUCAACAUCUGGAGCAGGGUGUAACUUUCACUGUUCGAUUCCUAAAAAUCAGUUAUGUGGAAACGGAUCAACGAUGUGGGCUUACCAUUCUGGAAUUGGAGAUUUACCAUAUGGUGAAAGUUGCCAUCAUCUGUACAAGAGUGGUAUUUUCUAUAAUAGCACUUACAGAAUACAAUCUAACGAGUCGUCAGUUUCAUUUACAGAAGCACGUUGUGGUUUUACCGAUAACACUGAAUGUCCAGCAAAUUGGUUAGGACACAACAAUAUGUGUUACAUGUUCAUCAAAACCAAAACAACUUUUGAAAAUGCUGUAAAACAUUGCGCAGAUAUAAAUGCGUACGUGUUGAUUCCGUCCAGCAGCAGUUCAGUGGAAUUUGUGAGGUCGUUUACCAACAUGUCCGGAUUAUUUGUGGACAAUAUCUGGUGGAGUGGCAUCAUGCCCAUUCUCUAUAAUAUUUCUUAUAUAUCAUCAAAUGGAAGACUUGUCGACGUUGAUCAUUUGAUCAGCAGCAACAAUCUCCCGCAGACGCAUUCUGUACUGAAUACUGACACAUUGACACUGAGAGCAAAUGUUCACAAUAAACAACAAUUCAUAUGUCAAAAGGACAAAGAUUUUCUUGGCUGCUACCGGACCAGUGACGUCCCAGAUGCGCAAUAUAAAAAUCUGUCAGGAAAUUCUCUUACACAGUGCAUAUAUUGGUGCAGUGGUCAACAUUUCAACUAUGCGGCAGUAUUUUCACAUGACUGUAUGUGUUUUCAUAACGAACCGGCUUUAACAACUGCACCUGGUAUGUGUAACAUAAUUUGUGAAGGUGGUACAUCACAGAUGUGUGGCGGAGUGAAAUCGGAUAAUACUGUGUACUAUUCCGUCUUGAAUAUCACAAACAUUUCUGGCAUCACUGGUUCCUGUCUGGAUUUGUUUAAACUUGGAAUAUGGAAACAUGGGCAGUAUACGAAGAGAAUUGAUGAGGUGGAGCCAUUUUUUGAUAGUUAUUGUUACCUUAACCCUGCACCAUUAGGCAAUAUUUUGAACAACUUGAAAUCAUUGUCGGCAUCUUCAACACUAGACGGCCACGAUGUUAAAGAUAUCAAUUUGACAUUCCCCUUUACGAAAGCAUGGAAACCAAGUAAAGACGAAAAUACCGAGUACAUCAAAAUAAUCUUAGCAGACGAACAUCUCAUAACUGGAAUUGAAAUAUCAGGUCUUCACACACAUGCUGAGCAGUCAUAUGUAAAGUCUUACACAAUUUAUUAUCGUGAUUUACUGACCGGAGUCCUUGAAAAAUAUUUGUAUAAUGGCAGUGCUGAGAUACCAAGUGGUUGUAGCGAGAGGAACGUGCUAUGUUUCCACUAUUUCUUAUCGCCAAUGGUAACCAAUGAGAUACGAUUGUUUCCAGAGAGUUGGCACAACUCCAUAUCUCUACAAAUAUCUCUUCUUGGACAACUGUACUCGGACUUUAAUCAUACAGCGACGUUUAUAGGGUGUGCGGCAGAUCCUGUCUCUACUUUUUCUGAUUACGGCUAUGAUAUGGACAUUGGGGCGUGUAAAAAAUUGUGCCGUGACAAUCUCUUCCCAUUUGCUAGUGCUAACAGUAAUGGGACAUGUUCUUGUGGACAUGGGAACUUUGAUAACGGUUUUGUUGAAGAAUCAUCUUGCCCCUUGAAUACAAGUGGUCUUUUACGGACAAGCAACGGUAUAAACAGGGCCGUGUAUAGAACAUUCUACAAGCAUUGUGACGCUCCAGAUUUUGAUGCUGUUCUUCAUGGUAACAUCUCCUCUAUAAGUCCAAUACCUGACCAGCCAAACAUAUAUGGCUACAAGACAAAAUUGGUGUAUAGUUGUCAGGUGGGGUACGAGUUUCCUGGUGGAGAAACAGACAUAGAGUCGUAUUGUUUACAGUCAAACACAUGGAGCAAAAUAGAUAAGAACUGUUCAAUUGUAUCUUGUCCGUCGUUUAAUGUGGCAAACGGUGUCGUCAAUUUUACAUCAUUAGAGUAUGGCGGUUCAGCAACAGUCAUAUGUAAUGCUAGUUACUAUGCACCUAAUGGUAUGCCACAGAUGACGGUGUUUUGUGGACAUAAUAAAAAGUGGUCUACCGUCCCAAACUGUGCAGUCGACAACUUGAGCUUCAAACAGCAGCAGUUUACCGUUACACAUGGCACUAUUCGAGACACCUCUGUUACUAUGCAAGAGCUACGAGUACGCAGCAAGAUGGACUGUUUAGUGCGGUGUACAGAAUUGUAUUACUGUAAAGCGACGAAUUUCAAGAGUGAUGGCGUGGGUAACGCUGGUGGAACAUGUAGACUAUUUUUUGACAAUCCUAUAAGCGGCGAUCUUUCUGCUGACCCAGACUGGAACUAUAUGGUAGUCAUACCAUGAGUGUUGUCAAACAUAAAACAUGGCUGUCUAUACUGGCUAGCGAUGUGUUCCAAUUAGAGGAAUCAUUCAACAUUGUUCAGUAUAUAAUAAACUGUGUUUAGUUAUGAUUACCCUACUUUGUGCGAGAAAAAAAAAUGAUGUAUAACAACAAAACAGCAUCCAGAAAUGAAAAUAAGCGCGAAAAAAAAAACAACAACAAAAAAUAAAAAUUCCCUUCAAAUCCCAUUUUUUCUAUAAAAUAUGACUUUCCCGUAUUUUGAUGAAACAAAAACUGCUUGUUGAAUAUGUUUUUAACAUUCUUUAAGAUAUAAUUCAGGGUAAUUGGGUUUAAUUUAUCAAUGGUGAAAUUUUGUAAACAUUUAUAACACUUAAGAACAUCUGUAUACAUAGACUGUGGGUUAUCUUCUCCUGCCCAGGAAGAGAAAGAAUUACAAUGCUUAUUAUUGUCCUAAAGAGUGUUUGUUUGCUUGUUUUUAUGUCGAAUUUAAUACAAUUUUGGUCAUAUCUCAUCUGUCGGUAAACCUAGCCGGCUUUCCUGGAUAACUUAUCAGUAAUAAUUACUAAUUUCUCUGAAAUGGACCAUUUACUAGUCCAACGUGAUUUUUGAAUCAACGAUGAGAAACAAAUAUAACCAUUGUACUCAGAGAUCUAUUUAACUCAUGAUAGUUACUAUAAAUGAAAUAAUAAUAUCACAGAAUGUCUAGUAUCAUACUUUGCAUUAUUCUUCAUCUGUCUGUAUGUUUAUAUACAUUGUAAUAAAUCUGCC